AUGUACGCUCGCAUUGGCACGGCCUCACUGCUGGCGCUGCAAGAGUCCGGUGGCAGCUUCCUCAACGUGGAGCGCCUCAAUGUGGAGAAGUACGCAAAGAUGGAGACGGUGGCCAAGUCGCUCUUUGAGUACAUCUUCCACAACCAGGGCAACAUUCGGGUGGCGCUCAAUCUGGCGACGAGAGCGGCUGCAGAGGCAAAGCACAAGGACUGGUGGUGGAAGGCCCACAUUGGCAAGUGCUAUUACAAGCUGGCGUUGCUUCGCGACGCAGAGAAGAACUUCCGUGAGGCGCUCGCCUACGCCGAUGUCUCCGUUGACAUUUUUGUCUGGCUGGGCAAGGUGUACAUCCGCCUGGACCAGCCGCUGGCAGCGCUGGACAUUUACAAGCUAGGCCUGGAGCGUCACCCCAAUGAGACGUUGCUGCUGCGUUACGCAGCACGCAUUCACGAGACGAUGGGCGAGAUGGACGAGUCAAUCAGUCUCUUCCGAUCCAUCCUCUCCUACGACGCCAUCGACAUUGAGGCAAUUGCCUCCAUUGCGCUGAAUGAGUUCUACGGCGACCAGCCGGAGAUUGCCCUGCGCUACUACCGCCGCCUCCUGCAGAUGGGCAUCUUCAAGGCGGAGAUGUACAACAACAUUGCCCUGUGUUGCUUCUACGCGCAGCAGUACGACAUGGUGGUCACCUGCUUUGAGCGAGCGCUCAUGUUCGCCGACACCGACGAGAUGAUCGCCGACAUCUGGUACAACAUUGGCCACGUGGCGCUCGGCUCGGGCGACCGCCAGUUUGCGCUGUACUGCUUCCGACUGGCCAUUACCUCCAACAAUGACCACGCAGAGGCGUACAACAACCUGGGCGUUCUCGAGGUGACCAAGGGCGGACAAGACCGGGCACACUCGGCGAACACCAUCAAUGUGCAGCAGGCAAAGUCCUACUUUCAGUCGGCCGUCAACUCGGGAUCAUUUCUGUAA